CUCUGGCUCAAGGCCUUGCGCUGUGCAGCGUGGAACUGCGCCAUCUUGCAGUGCAAGCCAGGCGCUGAGCUAUGAGCGGUACCAGAGCGGGCCGGCUGCCGCCCGCGUCCAGCCGAAGCAUCGUGGAGACCUACGUUACCCGCAUGGCCUCGCAGCUCCCCGAGGGCUUUGCGUUCGCGACCCUGGUGCCGUGGGACUCGCCGCACAGGCCAGACAGGCUCGUGACGCCGGGCGCUGCCCUCGCGGGCCACUGGGACGCAGGGGAGAUCGCGUCGUUGGUGUCUGGAUGCUCCAGCCUGCUGGUGCCGUGCACACUCGAAACAAAGUACGAGAAGCGCAUGAUACAGAGUUUGUUGAAGCAGAUCGAGCCGAACAGCGACCUCUGUGUGGCCCUGCUGCAGCUGCUCGAGAUCCCAGACGGCAUGAACCAGGAGUACGUUGAGGUGCUCAUGGCACGGCACGACGUGCUCCUCGCUCUGGGUGCCGACGUGGUGAUUCUCGACCCCAGCGACGAUCAAGAUCGGCUGCGCGCAGAACUCAACCAAGCGGAGACGUGGCUCGUAGAAAAUGCCCAGCGUGCACAGUGCAUGGUCGACGAGGGUGCGGACGCGAAAGCGCAGGCUGUGCUGGAGUACCACCACGAGCUGAUGUGGCAAAGCUUCCCGACAGCUAUGAUGCACGCUUUCCCCCCGAUCAAUCACAACCUUGUGGAAACGGCCACCAGCGUGGGCGACUACCUGUUGAUGCACCGACUGAGCACAGUGAGUGGCAACGUGAUCCUUGCGCGUCGGAGCGAGACUGAGGAAGUCGCCCUCAAGGUCUAUGACAAGGCAGACUAUGUAACUGCUUGGGACGUGGAGAACAUUAAUCGCGAAUUGCUUUUCCUGAGGGACGAGCUCCGACACCCGCACAUCGUCCAGUGCAUCUGCGUGCUCCAUAGCUUCUCGCGGGUGUAUUUGGCUCUCCAAGUUGCGGGCAAGAAGAAUCUGAACCAGUACCUCCUGAACCAGCCAGGGUACCGCCUCGACUUGCAGGAUGCUGUGGAUUGCACCGCGCAGAUAGCAGGAGCGCUGGCCUUCUGCCACUCGCGGGACAUCGUGCACAGGCAAGUGUCGUUGGAUCACGUCGUGGUAGAUGACCAGUCGGAAACGCCUUUCUGCCGCUUGGUGGACUUUUUCGCGGCGAUGCGCUGCGUGGGGUCGACGCCGUUGACCACGCUAUGCGGGGAUCUGCCGUGCAUCGCCCCGGAGAUGGUGCUGGAGGCGUCGUACGUCGCCAAGCCGGCGGACUGCUGGAGCCUCGGGAUUGUGUUCCUCGAGGCCGUCGGAGGUAUGGGCUCGACGAGGCAGGCGGUCGGCUGGCCAGACGACGCGGAGUUGGAGCUUGCCGUCGCCAGGAUCAGGAACUUCUUCUCCUGCGAUGGCAGCCACGCCCGCGCGCUGGCGGUCAUGGGCGGCGUGCGCAGCCAGACGGUGCUGGCCAGGCUCGCUGGGCUCCUCGAGCCGGAGCCCGCGGUUCGGGCCGUCGCGAGCGCCCAGACGCGAGCAUCAAAUGUCUAUACUUGAUCGCGCUUUUUUGUUGUGCACGCAUCGGGUGCUGCCCGGUGCGCGUAUAGAGUCGGCUUGAACGGGGGGUCUGCACAUUUCGUCUAGCGUCGAGUCUGUUGUCAUUGCUGCCGCCUGCCUCGAGAGCAGAUCGGCUGCCCCCUGCUACUGCGCCCUCGCCUCCUGAUGUGUGACCCCUGUACUUAUUGCGAUGGCGCCAACUCCCUUCACGCACCUGCCUCGUGCUCCUCCUCCUUCUCUUCCUCGCUCGUUCAGGUUCCUGGCGUUGUUCUCUCGGGGUUCCGAGACAACCCCCGCUUGCCUCUGGCGUUGCAUGCCAUCUGUCUUGAGUCUCAGAGCAGAUCUAGCUCGCAUCAGACACCCCUAGUACUGGGAGUGGCCCACGUGCGCCCAGUAUAAAUAUUAUCGUUGCGCGCGCCAGGUUCCAGCGCAAGCAGCGCCAGGGCACGAAGCCAUGCUUUUGGGGCUACUUAGUUUCUGCAGCUCCCUGCUUCUUGGGAUGCAUGUCGCGAGUGUCGUUGCAGUCAGGGAGUUGCAGCAACUGCGUGACAAAGUAGCUGCAGCAGCAUCAGUAGGCCCUCCGUGCGACUGGUGAAGACGGGCAUGAGAAGCUUUGCCCGCAAUAUGUCAUGAUGAUUGUGAUCUCAGAGGCGCUCGAGAUUACGUCAAACACCCCUAGUACUGGGAGUGGCCCACGUGCGCCCAGUAUAAAUAUUAUCGUUGAUUCGUUGCGCGCGCCAGGUUCCAGCGCAAGCAGCGCCAGGGCACGAAGCCAUGCUUUUGGGGCUACUUAGUUUCUGCAGCUCCCUGCUUCUUGGGAUACAUGUCGCGAGUGUUGUUGCAGUCAGGGAGUUGCAGCAACUGCGUGACAAAGUAGCUGCAGCAGCACCAGUAGGCCCUUCGUGCGACUGGUGAAGACGGGCAUGAGAAGCUUUGCCCGCAAUCUGUCAUGAUGAUUGUGAUCUCAGAGGCGCUCGAGAUUACGUCAGACACCCCUAGUACUGGGAGUGGCCCACGUGCGCCCGGUAUAAAUAUUAUCGUUGAUUCGUUGCGCGCGCCAGGUUUCAAGCGCAAGUAGCGCCAGGGCACGAAACCAUGCUUUUGGGGCUACUUAGUUUCUACAACUCCCUGCUUCUUGGGAUACAUGUCGCGAGUGUCGUUGCAGUCAGGGAGUUGCAGCAACUGCGUGACAAAGUAGCUGCAGCAGCACCAGUAGGCCCUUCGUGCGACUGGUGAAGACGGGCAUGAGAAGCUUUGCCCGCAAUCUGUCAUGAUGAUUGUGAUCUCAGAGGCGCUCGAGAUUACGUGAGACACCCCUAGUACUGGGAGUGGCCCACGUGCGCCCGGUAUAAAUAUUAUCGUUGAUUCGUUGCGCGCGCCAGGUUUCAAGCGCAAGUAGCGCCAGGGCACGAAGCCAUGCUUUUGGGGCUACUUAGUUUCUACAACUCCCUGCUUCUUGGGAUACAUGUCGCGAGUGUCGUUGCAGUCAGGGAGUUGCAGCAACUGCGUGACAAAGUAGCUGCAGCAGCACCAGUAGGCCCUUCGUGCGACUGGUGAAGACGGGCAUGAGAAGCUUUGCCCGCAAUCUGUCAUGAUGAUUGUGAUCUCAGAGGCGCUCGAGAUUACGUGAGACACCCCUAGUACUGGGAGUGGCCCACGUGCGCCCGGUAUAAAUAUUAUCGUUGAUUCGUUGCGCGCGCCAGGUUUCAAGCGCAAGUAGCGCCAGGGCACGAAGCCAUGCUUUUGGGGCUACUUAGUUUCUACAACUCCCUGCUUCUUGGGAUACAUGUCGCGAG